AACCCAAACAGUAAAGGUUCCUUAAAAAAAAUAAGUUGCAAUCACUCAAAAAAGUAUAAAAGUUAUUUCACAUCUAUUUAUUUGAGUCGUGUUGACAAAAUUUCUGUUUUAAGUUUACAGGACUUAAAGACUUUAAGUGUCUUUAGAAGCAUAACGCAAAAGAUUUGAGCCGAAAAUUAAUGACGUCAUGAACGUACCAUACUUGCUCCGCCUCUUUUCUUCAGCAAGCGUGAAAACUUCGGCCAUGUUUUUCAGUCCUCUCAUCGGUACUCCUCAUUAACGAUACUUUCUUCGGCUGUGGUAAAGUUUUUCCAACUGCUGUUACGUUAAAAAGUUUUCCAACUGCUGUAACGUUGUAAGUUUAACCAUAGUUCAUCAAAAAAAAAAAAAAAUCGCCGCUGUACUAUUUUGAACGCUAUAGAAACGUAUGGUGGCAUGCAGGAGCUUUUUGAUCUUCAGAAGCUACGUUAUCCUGCCGUUCUUGCAGCACUUGCCGCCAUCGGAUUGGCCUUCUCUUUGGGCGCAUAUAUUUGGUUGAAACUGAAGCACCUGGCCAGUCUGGAGAGAUUUCAUUGGUAGAAAUGGCUGCACAGAACUUCCUCCUCCAUGUACAUAUCUCCACAGACAUUGUCAGAAAGAUGACAUUAUCCACACGUCCAGAGUCUGUGGAUGAGCUAAAGAGAAUGAUACAAGACAAGUUCAAACUAGACUUUGAUUUUAGUCUUUCUUAUGAAGACCCAGACUUUGAUGGGCAGCUUUGCUCCCUUGUAGACAUUGAAGAACUUCCUCAGAAGGCUGUGCUAAAGAUUGUGCGACCUGAGAGCGAUACAAGUUCAAUAGCAUCGGAUGACACUAUAAUACUGCCCCAUGCUAUGACGCCAGAGAGGAUUGAUAAAUGGCCUCAGGUUUUCCCAAUGCCGACUUUUUCUUAUGAGGUUGAACUCAUACUUAAUGAGGGAAAUAGUACUUAUCAGAGAACAGGAAAGUCUUUAAAGUUGACCAGGGGCCAAAAACAUGACAUACUUGAAGCUCUUGCAGCUACAAUGCACAGUUUCAAAGCAUACCCCAAUGACAAAGAGGUUUCAGUGGUAGCAGAGGCACUUGUUACUCAUCACCCUUGUCUGAAAGAGCCAGGCUCUAAAACAGGGUGGUAUGGCUGGAAAAAUAGCCUCAAGUUUAAAAUGGGGAAUUAUCGAGCUAAGUUAAGUCGUGCUGGAUUUCAAGAGGUAGCAGUGAACUCUGGAAAGAGAAGCAAAAAUAAUCCAGAUAGACAAGCUGCACACACUGGCAUUAAAAGACCAAAGAGAGCAGAACUCAAUUUUCUCCCCAAUUUUCCAAGAGGGGAAGAUGCUACCAGCCUAGAACAACUGAGACUGCAGAUUAUAGAUGAAGUUAAAAAGACUGACAAAGAUCACAUCCUGAUCACCAAGUUAAUGCAAAGCACCUUUGCCCUGCGGCGCAAAGAAAUAAUCAGUGAUGACCUGCCAGUUGCUGACAUCUUGGAACGCUGGCCUGCCCUAAAAAUGGAAUCUCAGAUUUGUGCAGAGUUUCACAGAAUUACAAACAUUAACUUGAAGAACCACUUCUUUGCUGUGUUGGACCAACAUACUCCUCGCCUUCAGAGCAUAUUCAGGAAGAAAGCUUCACGCACAGGGAAGGUGUCCGAUGUUCUAGGCCAGCUCUUCACAAUGUACGACCUCCAGGAACAAGUUGAUGUUCAUGUUAGACGUGCAGUUGUCCUUCAGGCUCUCCCUGCCUAUCUCCAAGAAGACACCUCCAGCUUUCUGAGGACUUGUGAGGUUGUGCAGUCCAGGGAACCAGAUGUUGUGGACACACUACUUGGACUUCUUGCAGUUGGUGCUGAUCCACAGAAUGCCAUGUUCCAUCCAGUCAAGAUCAUGGUUGUACUUGAGGGUAACACGAUUAUUGACGUACCCACACUGGCUGAUGGAUUUGUCAUAUUAUUUGCAUUGAUAUAUGCCCUUCAUCUAGCGUACCCCAAAACCUUGGUCAACACAUUUGACUUUAUCCAAAAGGUUUUGAUGGGCCUUGAGGAUGAAAAAUUAAAGCCCAAAGUGUUGAGUCUGAAAAAUGACCUAUUGACAGAACUGUAGUGUCAUAUGAAUGAUUCUUUUGCUGGACUUUGGACAUUUCAACAUGUUGAACCUGUGUUUUGAAAGUGUUGUUUCAUGUAAAAGUGGAGGUUUCUUUUUGCACUUAAACUGGAUGUGUGCAAUGAUAGUUUCUGAAAACUAUCCAGCCUUACUAACUAGCCUGAAUUUUAUUUGAACUGUAAGAACAUUGUGGUUGGUGGCAGAUAUGCUGAUGCUUUUAAUUUAAUCUGCGCAAGUGGGAUUUUGAAGUUUUUUUUUUUUUCAUUCAAGGCUAUACUUUAUUUAUAGAAAUAUUGUUUUACUUUUUUUUUUUUUUUUCGUGAAAAUGCCUGGCACACGCACAUUUUAUUUGCCAGGUUUUGUUUUUUUGUUAAGGUUGCCUAAACAAUGUUUACUUUUAAAAGUUGUGGCAGUAAAACUGUAAAACACUUAGAGAAUACUAAAUCACAAGUUCUUCUAACUGUUGUUGUUGAAAAAAAGCCUUGUUAGAAUUUUUAUGAUUACAGGCUUUAUAGUGUUAUAUUGUUAUAACUGCUCAGGUUGUUCAAGAUGUUUACUCUCGACUCCGUUAGUAACUUGUCAAAAGCAUUUGUACAAUAAUCAACCUUUUCCGUCAUUGCAAUAAUUUACCUUUUUGCUUAUAUUUACACUCAUUGUGUUUUUUUUUUUUUACUGGAUUGAACAGAAGGAUAUAUGUUAAAAUUAUACUUUUGUUUUAAAUUGUAAAAUGUACACGGACUUGACUAUUGUUAUUUUUGAUACCUGAAAACUCUUAAAAAGUAAUUUUGUAAAGAUUUCACAGCCUGGUAUUACAAUCAUUGCCUAAUGCUGCUCUUUAAUUGUAUAACUGAUGACUUGUUUUAGCUGCUUUUGGGAAAACUUGACAUUGUUUAAUAAAAAUAAAUUAAACAUGG